CCUCAUAACAUUUCGAUUGGGUAGUUCUAACCUGAGUCAAUUGUCUAUUUCGCAAUGCUAUCCCGGGUUUCAUCAUCUUUGUGUCAGAAAUGUCUCCAAGCUUCGGCUCGUUUUGGCCCGCCGGGGGCACGUCGAUAUACUUCACCGGCAAACCACUUGACAGGCGAUGAGUCAAAAGCAGACCAAGAAACCAUAUCUGGGUCAACUAGCGAUGGAAAUCCACAAGGGUCUGAGCCCGGGGCAAUGACGCGGAGACUACAAGAGGCAACUGAGGAGGCAUUAUUCUCUGGCGGCUCAGCCGGCAGACGUGCUGUGCAGGAUGCUGGAUUCUCGGACGAGUUGAAAGAGAAGCUGCUGAGCAAGAUUGCGGAUGCAAACUUUCGACAAGAGUAUUCCAGCGUAUUUGCAGGCAAGGAUCUCACAUCUGCGGCUGGUGAAGGUACCAGGCACAUUGCCACCUCGGCACCAUGGACCGGAGAGGAAUCUACCGCCGAUGCAGUGUUGAGGAUGCAGGAUGACGCCAAGAAGCCCCUGAAACCAGAAUUAAGAGGCAAGUUCCAGCCGCCUGUUGUUGAUCCCCGAAUCAAGCGGGCUCCGGUGGUGCCUCCUCGCCAGAGGGCGGUAAAUGCUCGAGAUAGAGCAUCCCUCUACGCCGGCAUGGGAAUGAAGGAAGACAAAGGCUUGAGUGAUAAAGAACGGGAAGAAAUGAAAAAGGAGUUUCGGGCAAGAUUUGAGCCAGUUGCACGAGUAAUGCCGUCGACCCCAUCGGGUCUUGCCGCACUGGCUAAUGAUCACAUUGAAAAUGCCAUUGCCAGGGGCCAGUUCAAGAACAUUACGCGUGGCAAAGGCGUAGAGAUUGACCUUACCCGAAGCAAUCCGUUUGUUGAUACUACGGAGUAUUUAAUGAAUAGGAUCAUUCAGCGUCAAGACAUCGUGCCUCCUUGGAUCGAGAAGCAGCAGGAGCUCUCAAAGGCUGCAGACUCCCUUCGUUCCAGGUUGAGGGCCGAUUGGAAGCGUCACGCUUCGAGAAUGAUUGCUUCUAGGGGGGGUUCUCUGGAAGAGCAGAUGGCCAGAGCCGAUCAAUAUGCCAUGGCAGAAAGGCUGCACAAUCCUCGGCAAUCAGCACGGAAAGCAGUCAGCACAACUGAACAAGAAUCUGGAGAGACCAGCGAACCGGAUAUCGUCCCCGUCUCAAGGCCAUUCCGCGACCCAGAUUGGGAAAGAGCAGAGCAUGCCUACUUGAAGCUGUCAAUAGAUCAACUCAACAGCAUCACGAGAAGUUACAACCUCAUGGCACCGGAGCUUGCCAAGAAGCCGUAUUACAAUUUGCAGCGAGAACUAGAUGCCUGCUUCGCGGACGUCGCGCCUCUGAUUUCCAAAGAGAUCAAAGAUAGGGCUACGCGACCCCGUGUUACGUCGAAACUUACAUCCAAGCCCGCGGGAGACGGAAUAAUGAGUAGCUUUGUGACUAAAGAUACUGUAAAGAUUUAUGACACGAGGGCAGAACCGUAUGGGUUCAAGGAGUGGUGGAACGAUGUAUGGAAGAAGGAGUAGGGCUUAGAUGGGAUAUCGUUUGAGAGGGGUUGAUGCUCUCAAUUGAUGUUUGGUCUACUGUCGCGAGUUUAAGGUAUUUGACUUGAACUUGAACAUGCCUUGUUUAUAGACGAUACUCGGCUAUAAAUCUCAACUCUAACAAAUGUUUGGCUUGU